AUGCAGACUCUUCCCUGGACGAUUUCAUGGAUGCUUUGGCUACUCAUUGCCUGUAGCGCGGUGAUCAACGCAGCCGUGAACAACCUUACCGGCCUGCUGGAAGUGGAUCUGGUUUUUCCGCAGAACGACUCCUACGCACCCACGAACGAUAUGCCUAUCAUCUUUGCUAUCCAGAAUCCUGAGUUGGCUCCGGUGCUUGAUAUCACCAUUAUGUUUGAUAUCUACGACCGCGACGACCGAUUCGGCAAUGGUAGUACUAGCGGCAUAUACGACAUACAAUGGGCAAACCUCUCCAGUAAUGGCCCCUUUAGAAACCUCCCGUUGACCUUUAACUCUUCAACUAAUCUUCUCGCCUUCACAAGCAAAGAUCUCACACAGGACGUCGACCUUGUUUCCGCUACCGAAAACAAAAAGUGUUCCGAUGGCAUGGGGGUUGCUUUCAAUAUCACCGACAACUAUGACGCCCCACUCGAUCAUUAUUGGCCUGGCAAAGGAACAUGUGGACUGGUAGCAUUGCCUCUUCCUACCCCCGAUCCUUGUCGAGUCAAGAUCAAUUCAGCUGCUGCGUCAAGCAUCUCAGCUUCUAUCACCAAGCGCCGAUGCGAUGAUAUAGCACACUGGAACAAGAAAGCUCUGCCAGCAGAUUGUCCAGCAGAUGAGAAUGCGGCUCAGCGAGUGCUUGUUGGCGGUCUGGUAUGCUUUAUGGCAGUUGUCGGAGCGUUAGGCUUCAUUCUUAUGUAA